AUCAAUCUGUUUUUGGUGCGAAAAGUACAGCUAAGAUGACCUCAGAAAGCAAAAUGAUUCUGCUCUUCCUCAUCGGUUGUGUGGUCAUGCAGACAAUCAACGCCCUGCCCUUCGAUAGAUUCAGUCGGGAGGAUGAUGAACGGAACAACGAGGUCAGCGGGGAAUGGUUCAAAAAGCCCAUCCUCAGGUUGGACCGUCUCUUUAACAGCCGAGAAUCGCCGUCGGGAAGUCAAAGGGAAGUGAUCAGACCCAGCAGAAGCGAUAAGGCUGAAACCACGCAGAGCUCCAAGCACGCCCACUCUAUGAUCACCUCGAUGCUCGGUUUCGUCAGCAGUGUCAUCAACUUUGGCAGGUCCUUUGUAAGGGAUGAAUAGAAUUUAUCCUAGACUAAUGCCUCUAUCUAUAAAGUUUGUAAGACAAGUCUCGUGAUUCCAUAUGCCACAUGUUAUAGCUUUAAAUAUUGUUAAACAUUCAUGUAUAAAUAUAUCAAAGAGUUGAACUUCAA